UCUACGAAUAGAGGCGUAAUCGUAAAAAUCGGAGACUGAUUGUUAGGUUCGCCCAAGGGGGUGGCUGAAAGAUAUUGUGCUGUUGUCCAGUGCGGAAGUGAUCUGUGCUUGUUGACUACCUCAGUUAAGUGUACUUUUGCGACAUGAUUGGCUCGGAAAUUGACUGAAAUUGGUUUCAGGUUUAGUUCGUUUGCAGUUUUCGCGGAUUUAGUCGAAGCAACUAUUUUGUGCAGUGAACAGUGGCUUUUUUGAUUAGGAACAAUGGAAACUACUUUGUGCAGACUGUUGAUCACCUGUUGGAUACUGACUUUGUGCGAGUACAGGCAUGCCGCACCAGCCGAAACCACUGAGUCUCCAACAUUGGCGCUCAAAACCACCAAUAACGGCCAAAUCGAGCCCAAAUCCCUCGAAGUCUUUGAGGAUGGGUUUGGGGACUUUUCCAAGUUUGAGGAUUUUGCCGCUUCCGCCGCGAAGGAAUUUGAAUUUUUCCGCUCUUCGGAUGGCCGGGAGUUUGAUGAAGAUUUCGCCGCCAUCAAAGGGAAGGCUCAUCAGGCAGAGGCGACGAAAAAGGCUUUUACGGCCGUCGAGACGACCACCCAAACUGUUGACAGUUCGACGCGGCAUUCAAACAGAACGCGGCGUGUCGAAAGAAACAGCACUCGCACCAGCCCGAAGAGCUCAGGACCGGUAUUUUUGGAUCAUACUGGCGAAGGGAGCAGCCAAGUAGCUACUAAAAUAGCCCCGCAAGCCCUCAGGUACACACAACCAUCCCCAGAUCCACUUCAGGAGGACGCGACUUAUUUUGGAACUGAAGAACCGACGCCGUUGCGUAGCCUCAGCAUUGUGACUGAGAUCAGCGUGCAGGAAACCAAAGACGGACAGACCAUCAAGCGGAAGCCCACCGAGGAAGAGCUACGCUUCCUGCAGCAAGAUCUAGAAGAUAAGUUCCUGGCGCAGAACAGCAUUGCCGGCUCCAACGAUCCGAGCACCAAAGAAGAAGACGUUGAAGACCUGGAGUCGAUGCUCAAAUCGGAGGAUGAGGGCGACUUUGAGUCGUGGAGCGACGACGAUGAAGAGCCGAGCGACAUGGAGGUGCUUCUGAAGAGCCAGCCCCUGGAAAAACCAGCGGACAAAGAGGCGGAGCCUCCGAAGCCUGCAGAAGAAGCUGCAAAGGAUGCAGCACAAGAUGGCAAAAAGGGGCCCGACGAUGGGGAUUAUCGCAAAAUCUUCCACACGGAAAGGAAGAAUUUCUCCAAUGUCCAGGAGGUGAAGAUCGUGAUCAGCGAGACUGAGGGCGACUUCUUCGAUGAUGAAGAGCCGUUUGAUAUGAUGAAGCCCUUCAUGAAACCCACCAAUGGCUCUAGUGAGAACAACAGUACUAUUUCAAGCGAAGUGAAUGAGUUAGACGGCCCAAUUACGGAGAAAGCUUCGGAAGCCUUAAUUACCACCACUGAGGCGGACUUAGGAGCUACCACGACUGAAGCCCUCACUACUACAACGGAGGAUCUUUUCACUACUACCCCCACCACUACCACUACCACCACCACCACCACCACCACCACCACUACUACGACUACUACUACUCCUCCUCCACCUACUACAGAAAAAUAUAUUCCUAUCACUACCCCCACCAUAGAAGAAGCAAGCCAAAGAAGGGCAAGUAAAGAUGUUGAACCAGAAUACAAUAUAAGCCCUCAUGUUCUAAGCGAGCUGAUAAGCCUGAUCAAAGAGGACGAUUUUCCGGACGAAAACCCAAAGGUGGCAAACAAACCAUCCAGUACUACCGAGGCAACUGCGCCCCCACAAGCUGCGACAAAGCAGCCCUUGGAGGCGGCAGCGGUCACUAUCCACGAUGAAGAAACCACGACUCCAACCCAGUCGCCAACAACUAAACAAGCCCCUGCAUCAGAACAGCCGUUAGAACUGCUCACUCCCACUUUCAACCUAAAGCUGUUCAAUGAGUUCUCCACAUUCCUCUCCACGGAAUUCCCUGGAGGAAUGUCCAACUUUAAGGCCUUGAGUACCGCUCCAACCCCCUCCAGCAGUGCAGCCCCCACACCACUUCCGUUUGCGGACUCCUUCGGCUUUACCAGCGGGCCAACCCCCAAGAGUCCUUUCAAUGAGGACUUUGAAGGUGACGAUUUCUUCACCCAGUUCCCCGAUCCGUUCGAAACCAAGGAGGAGGGGUAUGACUUUGAUGAGUUAACGCCCACUGAGGUGGAGGCAAUGUUCAAUGAGAAGUUGGAUGAUUAUGAGCCGUUUGAUGAUGACGAGUAUGACUCUAUGGGGCGCAAAAAAACCAGUAACGGCUGGGGGAAGAAACAGACCGAGAAGGCUGAGGAUCGUAUCGACUCAGUUGCCACAACAGAGACUUCUAACCAAAUGGCCAAAGAAGAUCGGAAAGUCCUGGCAACUAAUGGUUCACUUGUACGAACUGAGAAAACUUCAACAACACCCAGCGUUGAUAAUCAAGAGGAAAAUACAUCAGUUGCGAUCGAGGAACUUGAAACAACCACAUCCCUUGAUGCUAAAGGAGAUAAUGGUUCUACAAGCGUUGAGGCCUCUAAGAAAACCCCCAGCGAGGAGACAAAGACUAUUGCUGCCAAUCCCGUGGAAGAUCCAGAUGCCUCAAAUAAAGCCCCUAACAAAAACUGGGAAACCGCAAGGGAAAAAACAAUAACUGACACUAACCCAACAACAACACAGAGCUCCAAAGAAGCACCGGUCAUCGACAUAGACCCAAAGGAAAACGAAAUAGCCACAACAAACAAAGUAGAGGAGCUAUUCGUUCCAGUGCUAAGAGCCAAAAUUCUCAACAACACGGCAAUGUUCAGCAUUAGAAUCAACCACAAGGGCGAUAUUUAUCAUAUUCCUGAAACAGCCCAUGUGAAGGAGAUGCCCAAUCUGGUGAAUAUCACAUGGAAGACCAAUCAGCACCUGAACAACUCAGUUGCAUUCAGAAUCGGCGAAAACGACGACUCAUAUAAAAUUGAGGAGAUUGUGAUCAACUUGCUGAAAGGAAAUCAGUUUAGCGCGCAGAAAACUGGGCUGCAGCCUCGUCCGACUGAUAAGCAGGCCCACCUGAUCAUGAUGGAGGACGGAACUCAAAUUACCAUAUCCAAUGUGGAUUUCCUCAAAAAGUCGAAUUCAAGUGAGCAUGCCAAAGGAAACCCCAAAGCUUCCGUUAGAGAGGCAAAGCUGUGGCAUGUGGAAGUGGCCUCCAUAUGCCUGGUCACUGUAAUACUCAUAGCGAGCAUUCUCUACGUGAUCGCGAUCAAAACGAAGCCAAAAAUCAUCCUCAGAGGGAAGGACAACGUGCCCCAAGCCACUCACUGUUAACGUGCUGAUUUCGAAAUAUUGAUUGUUGUUAUUUAGAGAGUAUACUUUCGGCCUGACUCAAAGUGCUAAAGAGCUGGCUGGUCUUUCAGUAGGUACUUAAUUGUUGAUCAUUUUGCUUGUAGAUUAAAGUGUUUUUUGUAAAUAA